AUGUUUUCUCAUGACAAUUCGAUUGACGUACCUGGCACGACCCGUGUUUUCGAUGAGUCAGGUAACACUGUUCAGACCGAUCAUGUGAAUUUGUUUCCAGUACCAAGCGAAGAUCCCAAAGAUCCAUUAAAUUGGUCAAAAGGAAGAAAAUGGAUCAUGCUAUUAUGUAUCAUCUGGUACCAAUUUGUGGUAAAUUUACAAGCAGCAAGUUUAUAUGCUGUUUAUGAACCAUUAAGUGAAAAUACCGGUUUAUCAUUGAACGAUUUGAAUGCCGGUGUGGGAUAUUUUUAUCUUUUCAUCGGUAUAGCUUGUAUCUUUAGUCAACCUUUAGCACUUGGAUUUGGCAAAAAACCGAUUUAUAUCAUCUCGGCACUAGCAUGUUGUUUAUUGAAUUUAUGGACCGCUUUCGUCGAUACAAACGCCCAGUGGAUUGGAAGUAGACUUUUAUUGGGUUUUUUUAUUUCACCUUCGUAUACCCUCAUCCAAGUUUCCAUAUCUGAUGUGUUCUUCAUGCACGAACGAGGUUUACCUAUGGGUUUAUACGCCCUUCAAUUGUACACCGGUGGUGCUUUAGGUCCAAUUUUGAGCGGAUACAUCUACGACGGAAUGGGCUGGAAAGCCAUUGUGUGGUUAUCAAGUGGAUUGACAGGUCUUACCGCUUUACUUUUGAUCUUUUUGUUAGAAGAAACCAGUUACGUUCGAAGAUCCGCAAUGGAAGCAGCUUCAGCACCAACUGUAGCUACUCUAAAUGAGGGACAAGUAGAAGAGGAGAACAACGAUGUGAAGCUCGACGCUAUCGAAGCUGGUGUUCAUGAAGUUCAACAUCAAGGAAUCGCUCCUCGACCUAGAGUCAUAUCAAGUUGGCCAGGACCAAGACCUUGGAAAUUCGAAAAACCUCAUCCUCAAUGUGGUGCGAUCAUUGGCAGAUGUUUAUUUCAGUGUUUCGCUCUACUAAGAUCACCCAUUAUUUGGUGGUGUGGUAUUACUUUUGGAAGUUUCCAAGUGUAUUACAACUUCGUUGCUGCACUUGCUUCCGGUGUACUAUCUGUCGAGCCUUACAAUAUGUCAAGUAGUGCAAUUGGUUUGACAUUCAUAUCGUCUUUGAUCGCUUCUUUCCCUGCAGCUGCGUUCGGAGGAUAUUUCGUUGAUUGGUAUGGACUUCGACAAGCAAGAAGAAAUCAUGGUAUAUCCGAAGCUGAACAUAAAUUAAACCUUUAUAUCAUCUGUUUAAUCGCUACGCCAAUCGGUCUUUUGAUGAUGGGAUUAGGACCAUACUAUUCUGCUCAUUGGAUCGUGUUCGUCAUCGGAUGCGGAAUCGUAAACUUUGUUGGUGCCUUUGGGACACUCGUCACUGUAACAUAUGCUUUUGAUUGUUUCCACGAGAUCCAACCUGAGAAUCCUGAAAGUCCAAGUGCUUCAGCUCAAGAUGCUGCCCCUUACCUCCUCAUAAGUAUCUUGAUUUGUAUGAUAGUUUCAUUCGGAUUCAACUAUGCUAUAACACCGUGGUGCUUUGAUUGGGGACUUCGAAAUUUCGGUAUCACCUCAGCGAUCAUGUCUAUUGUUUUCAACGGAUCGACACUUAUCCUCGUCAUUUGGGGUAAGAGAAUGAGAAGAUCAGGAGAGACUUAUUACAAGAAGAUCAUCAAUUGGUAA